AUGGCUGCCAAGAUAUUUGCCCUCCUUGCACUCCUUGCUCUUUUGGUGAGCGCUGCAACUGCGUUCAUCAUUCCGCAGUGCUCACCGGUUACUGCUGCGGGGUAUGAGCACCCAAUUGUGCGGGCCUAUAGGUUACAACAGCUGCAACAGCUGCUUCCUACAAACCCACUGGCUGCGGCGAAUGCCAUUGCAUACCUGCAACAACAACAGUUACAACAGUUCCUGCCAGCGCUCAGUCAACUAGCCGUGGCGAACCCUGCCGCCUACUUGCAACAGCAACAGCUACUUCCAUUCAACCAACUGGCUGGGGCGAACGCCGCUGCAUACCUGCAACAGCAGCAGCCGCUUCCGUUUACCCAGUCGGCUGUUGCAACCGCUGCUGCCUACCAUCAGCAACAGCAGCUGCUACCAGUUAACCCAUCGGCACUGGCUAACCCAUUGGCUGCCGCUUUCCUGCAGCAGCAGCAGCAGCAGCAAUUGCAGCCAUUCGACCUGAUGUCUUUGAGGAACCCUGCCUUGUCGUGGCAGCAACCCAUCGUUGGAGGUGCCAUCUUCUAG